UGCGACCAUUUUUUUAUUGGGGAAUCGUUUUGGGGCGAUUAAUAGCGUGCGCAAGGGAGCGAUCAGCGUAAGAGAGAGAAAAAGAGGUGUGAAGAGCAAGUGGCGCAUUUUAGCGACGCACUAUACUCGGUCCAGGAGGAGUAGAUCUCUUGAUUCUCUUGUAUUGUAGGUGGGAGGAGUUUGCGGUUAAUUAAUUAAUUUAUUUAAUAUUUCAAAUUUUCAAUGGCUGCUCCACCUGCAAGGGCUAGAGCCGACUACGAUUACCUCAUAAAGCUUUUAUUGAUCGGCGACAGCGGUGUGGGUAAGAGUUGCCUUCUUUUGCGUUUCUCAGAUGGAUCUUUCACCACAAGUUUUAUCACUACCAUCGGCAUUGAUUUCAAAAUAAGAACAAUUGAGCUUGAUGGCAAACGAAUCAAGCUUCAAAUAUGGGAUACAGCUGGUCAGGAGCGUUUCCGAACAAUCACAACUGCUUACUAUCGUGGAGCCAUGGGCAUUUUGCUGGUUUAUGAUGUCACUGAUGAAUCAUCUUUUAACAAUAUUAGGAACUGGAUUCGCAACAUUGAACAGCAUGCUUCUGAUAAUGUCAACAAGAUAUUGGUAGGGAACAAGGCUGACAUGGAUGAAAGCAAGAGGGCUGUUCCUACCUCCAAAGGCCAAGCACUAGCUGAUGAGUACGGGAUCAAAUUCUUUGAAACUAGUGCAAAGACGAAUCUCAACGUGGAACAGGUUUUCUUUUCAAUUGCAAAGGAUAUAAAGCAAAGACUUGCUGACACUGAUUCUCGGGCUGAGCCUACCGCUAUCAAGAUCAAUCAACCAGACCAGGGAGCUGGGGCAGGACAAGCAGCUCAAAAAUCAGCUUGCUGUGGUUCUUAAAGAAAACAACAAAUUAAUGGGCUACAAACCGAAGUUGAUACAUCUGUUGGUUAAAGAAAGGGAACUAAUUGAAUGACAAUCUAGCGAGAGCUAGUAAGUUUAUCACUGCCAUUCUUUCCUGUAUUGUUUAUACCGUGUGUAUGUAAUUCCUUGUCAUGGAGUUUUUAUUUCUGGCACACAGUUAUUGUAUCUUUUGGUGCAUUGCCCUUCAAGUUCCUUUGUUAAAAAUACUGCAACUGAUGCUUGUUA